GCGACGCGACGUCAGCAUCCAGUCGACAAAUCAAAGCGUUUGCAGAAAAGGAAGCGAUGUAGCCUGACAUGAAAGAUGCCAUUACAAACAGCAAAAGAAGAACUGAAAAAAAAAAAAAAAAGAGGCGUUGCACUUCAGUUCAGUUCUGACAGAAGAGAAUUAUUGACGUGAGGAUCUGGCGUAAGAAGGGGCGGGGCGAGAAGUGAUGUCAAUCAUGUUUUGUUGAUGUACAUACUCGCGGUCUCGUCACACGCGAAGCCGCUGCUCCAGGUGAACGCAAAGUGCUGAGGAUAACGUAAGCAAGGCUGUGUUUGCAUCCUUCGGACACCACAAAGCAUACUCGUUACCCGCUGUAGUUCACAACCGCCAGCUACAUUUUUCUGUAGGUCUGAAAUCUCGUUCAGAUUGUGUGUGUCCAUGCAUGUGUGAGGUGUUCUGGGGUCAGGAUGGAUGUGGAGGAGACCGGAACAGGUCAGAUGGAGGCAGCGGUCCAAGAGGAAGAGGCCCCAGCUCCCAAACGCAGCAGAGGACGACCUCGCAAACAACCUCAGGAGCCAGUUGAACCCUCAGCUCCCAGGAGGCCAAGAGGAAGGCCGAGAGGCAGUAAAAACAAAGGCCAGCGGGUCACAGCCAAAUUUUUGGAUGCAGGUAGAGCCACCUAGAGAACGAAGACCUCGAGGUAGACCACGAAAAUGGCCUCAGAAGACCAUUCAUCAGGAAGAAGAGCAGACUGCUCAUCCUGCGGAUCAAGGGGCGGAGUCAACAGAAGACCCGCCCACUCAGACCCCACCUGCUGCCUCACCAUCACAGGAGAGCGACUAAAACUACCUCACUGAUGACUUUUGAUACUGCGUCGGGGGUAAUUCUCCAUCUCAACUGCCUCCAUGUACACUGUAAAAAAUGAAAAUGUGCCAGUUCUCAAAUUGCGCCCAAAACUGAGGGCUCACAAGGAGCCCUUGACAAGAUCAGACAUACCCUUACUACAUUUCUAAUUUCAAAAGUGAUCCUAAAAUCUGUAAUCCUCACCGGUCUUUAUUGUGGACACCUGUCUGCAAUUUACACUGCCAUUUUAAGAACUAAAAAUGUCAUCUUUUCAUUUAUCUUCAUUUUUUGGAUUCCUAAAGUCAACAAGAAAUCAAAUUUGAACUGGUUUGCUUUCUUUAAACACGUUUUGUUGCGCAAAAUUUAGUGCCCAGAAACUGUAGUAUGUCUUAUAAGGCCCAUUCACACCAAGAAUGAUAACUAUAACGAUAACCUUAUUAGCGUCCACGCCAGAAGAUAUUGUUCUCUUUAUUAUAAACACGCUGCAGAUUUGUCGAACUCUUUAAAGCAGGAUGGAUUCUGAUUGGCUGUCAAUGUUUUUAUCGUUCAGCUGGAAGAAAAUCUUUCUGAAAGUGAUUCCAACGAUACCGUUUCUCUGUGCCGUUAUCGCUAUAGUUGUAGUUUGCGCGUAACGCAAAUUUCGUCAUCAGGAGAGUAUGCGCACCACCGGAUUUUUGUAACCGCGCAUUAAGUUGUACAUGCAGGUCGCACAUGCGCAUUUAAUUUUUGUUUGCAGUAAUUAGUUUAUCCACAAGGUGGCAACUGUGCCCUGGGGGCGUGGAUUCACAAGGUAGUUGAAGAAAAACUGCAUAAACAGAACAGACCGGUGUAGUGACAAAUUGUGUCUCCCCGAAAUCGGGUCUCUAUUAGGACCCCACGUGAUUCCAUUGGUUCAAAUUGCUUUUAAUUGCUUUCUUUAGUUCCUGAUUACAAUUCCUACAAAAUCAUGUUAUGAUAAAUGCUGUUUCAACUACGUUAUAAUGUACUAGCAUAGCAUACAGAUACGGAUUAGCCUGAUAGCUUAGUUUAUACACGCAUUUGCACUUACCCUACAUCUAUUCAGAAUCAUUUUUAAUGUAAUUAUGUGUUAAAUUUAGUGUUAAGUGUCGAAAUAUUUCAGUUAUGAAUAAAACAAAUUAAUGAUGUUGAAUUAUUCACUUAAUAGGCUAUUAUUAUAUUAUUAUUUAUUAAUUAACAGUUAAUCAAGUGUAAGAAAUUAUGUUCAAUUGGUUUUAUUAUGCCCUAUUUUGUUUUCUUACACAUUAUAUAGUAAGCAAUGCAUAUUUUAAAUUAAUAUCAUUCGUAUGUACUCGUAUAUACUAGUUUGUGGAGACCCGAUUUCGAGGCACGACCCGUGCGUGUAUGCGUAAAAAAAAUAAAGUAUACUUUGGGCUUUAAAGUUAUCAUCCAUGGUGUGAACAGGCCUUUAUUCUGAUAAAAGCAACUCUCCAAAAUGACAACAAAAAACAUGAACUUGUUUUACUCAAGACAUUUAUUUAAUGUUCAAGAUCUUGGGAUUUAAAAAUCAAUGCAUCAAAAAAUCAUCUCAGUGUAUGAAUGAUGAUGGGUUAUAUUAAGUUUUGUUUAAACAUGUACUUCUCAGGAUUCUGGAAAGUUUGAAAUUACUCAUUUUAAUGUUGAAACAUCUUUAAUGAUUGAUCUUUUAAUGUAUAAUUUCUUUUUAUUGUUUUAUUUUAAUGUUUACAGUGGAAAGAAUAGAUUCUGUUGGUUCUGUUUACACCAAACAGGAAUAGUGACUUCAUCAGUGAUGUAAAUGUUCAACAACAAUCAUUAUAAUUGUAAUUCAGUACCUCAACACCAGAAACCUCAGAGAAUUUGUUUGCUCACUCUAGACAAUGGGUUAUUUGUCAUUUGUUAAAGUGAAAUGCAUAUAUUGUCAAUGCAGUCUUUGGAACAGUAUAUCAUUUUGGCACUAUAUUUUCAUAAUUAGCAUAUUUUUACAUAUUUUUACUGCUCUGAAUUGUGUUAUUGCGCUGAUAUGGGGGUGAUGUUUUAAAGCAUCUCCUAUUGACAAUACAGUUGUGUUCGAUGCUCUUAAAAACAGAUAAAAUGGUUCUUAAAAUCUAGUUUGAGAAAUAAUCUUUUUCUUAUGAGGAUUUUUUUUUUUUAUUUGAAGUCAACCAAGCAUUGUUCAAAUGCCUCAUGGUAUAUAGUGUCAGUUUAGUUAUUAAACUAUUUGACAAUGUGCCUCUUAAAUACAGGCUCAGGUAACUUUCUUACCUCUUUUCUACAUUCUUCAAAGGCCAGUAAUGCUGUUUAUGCAGCCGUAUGUUCAUGAAUAAAGUUACUGAUGAUCAAUCA